CUCAUUGGAGUGUACAGAGUCCGGUUGAACUGAACUUCGCUUCUCUCCACCGCACUGCACGCUGAUACACAGUUGAAUCUGUUGCAGCUUCAAAUAUCGGUGCCGUACCAUCUUCAGCUAAAUAAGAAAGCCUCUCCCUGCAGUGAUGUCAUCAAGCCCAGCAGUGCUGAUGCGUCUCAUGGCUUCUGCCUUCGCGGUGGCAGAGAAGGCGGGGGGCAUCGUGAGGGACAUCAUGAAGGCCGGGGACUUGGGAAUUGUGGAGAAGACGGGAGCGAAUGACCUGCAGACGAAAGCAGACCGCCUGGUCCAGCAGUGCAUCUGCUCCUCGCUGACACGCAAGUUCCCCAAAGUCACCAUCAUUGGGGAGGAGGACCUGCCCUCUCAUGAUGUCGAGGAGAACCUGAUUGAGAAUGGUCAGUUUGAGGAGAUCCUGCAGCGAGUCUGUCCAGGGGAGUACAGCGGAGUGCGUGAGGAGGAGCUGGUCGUGUGGGUCGACCCCUUGGAUGGAACGAAGGAAUACACAGAAGGCCUCUUGGAUCAUGUGACUGUGCUGAUCGGGAUUGCAUACGAAGGAAAAGCCAUAGCUGGAGUCAUCAACCAGCCCUUCUACAACUAUGAGCUGGGCCCCAGUGCUUCUCUGGGCAGGACUCUGUGGGGUAUCUUGGGAGUUGGCUCAUUCGGGUUCGAGCUGCGGGAAGUGGCUGACGGCAAACGUAUUAUCACGACGACCCGCUCCCAUAGCAACCAGCUGGUGACGGAAUGUGUGCAAGCCAUGCAGCCACAACAGGUGAUCCGCGUGGGCGGGGCUGGGAACAAGAUCAUCCAGCUGAUUGAGGGGAAGGCCUCAGCUUAUGUGUUUGCGAGCCCAGGCUGCAAAAAGUGGGACACCUGUGCUCCAGAGGCCAUCCUGCACGCUGUCGGGGGGAAGCUGACAGACAUGCACGGGCAGCCUUACCGCUACCACAAGGACGUUAAGCACAUGAACUCAGCGGGAGUGCUGGCCACACUGAGGGACUUCGAGUUCUACGCCAGUCGUGUGCCCGAGUCCGUGAAGCAGGCCCUGCAGAGCGACUGAGAGUGGGCACAGACACCCCUCCCUCCUACGUCUCUCUCUCUCUCAGGACACAGCACCAAUAAGUAGAGACAGGAUACAGGGAGCCAGCUUUUCCUUUGAAAUGUUUGAUUAGAUUGUGGUGUUUAUAUUAAAAAAAAAAAAAAAAAUUAGUAGUAUUAAAUGCUGUUCCAACCUUGAAUGAAUGAACAAAAUCAAUGGUACUGGUGUGAAUGGGGGUGGCUCUGUGCAGAUAAUGGUGAUGUUAUUGUAUAAUCAGUUAUGUGGCGCUGAACUCCCCAGUGAAACCAGUAGCCGUUCUGGUGCUGCUGCAGAAUGUAUGCAGUAGACAAACAGCCAUCAAAUCUGGACAGUUUUCAACUCAAAUUUCAAAACAAGUACAGUCACCAUCAGUAAAUCUUGAUGUCAUGUCAGACGGUACCCAGUCAUAUUGUAUUAGCUUGCUCUAGUUCUUCCAGGAUUCAUGAUGUCUUGCACUGAUACAGUUCAGUAAGUCCUUCAUGCUGGUACAGCAGACGUGAACUUGAACGGUAAGGCACUUUGUGGAAUGCUGCAAUGCAGCAGCUCCUCACAGCAGCACUAGACUGGGCUGGUGUUUCAUUGGAAUUCUGGAACCGUUAACCUGAUCAUGAGGUUUCCAGUAUAACUUGAAAGGUCCCAUACAAUUAAUAGACCGCUCAGAAAUGAUCCCUACGAUUCAUUUCAAAUACAUUUGUGUUUAAUACCAGCCACAAACACCUGACCUGUCAUCCUCUUUUACAACUCUGUGUUAAGCUCAUGAAGUAAAACAGUAUUUGCUGCUGUAAAUAUUCAGUGUCUUCUCUUGUGAUGCCCCCUCCCCACUCCUCAGCCGAGCCUACUGGAGAGCUACUGUCCAAAGUCAUUCAUUUUCAUGAAAAAUGAAUUGAAUUUGGAAGAGUAGGACUGUAUGAUUUACAUCAAAUAAGUUUUGUUGAAAUUGAUUACAAUUUGUUUUGUAUUUUAAAUCUUCUCUGGCAAUGUCUUUUUUUAAUAAAGGGCCCGAUUUUGUCUUUUGGAAA